AUGGCAGUGAAUAAGUCAAGGGGAGAUGAUGAAUCUCGAGAAAUUAGAAUACCUUCUCUGCUUUUGGAUCAAAUAAAAAGCAAAGAAGAUAAGGGAGACUAUGCUGAUGAUGGUUCCAGAUAUACAAAGUUUGAUCAUAAGAUCGAUAAUAAGAAGAGGAAAGAAAAACCGAUAUCUAGAAAAGAGAAGAGGCAAGAGGAAAGAAGAUUGAAGAAGCAGAAAAAGAGUAAACUGACAUCGAAUAAAAAGCCAUCAAGUAAACCUAAGACCGAAAAGGUUGGAAUGAACCAAGAAGAUCCUCUAGCCGCAUUGCGUGCAUUAAAGGAAGCCAAAAGAGCUCAGAGAAGUCAUGAAACAAAGGAUCUGACAAUUAAGAUACUCAAAGAAGAAGAUUUGGAGGAUGAUCAACUAAGCGAAGAUAACGAUGAUUUUGGAGGGUUCAGUGAUGAUGAGAAUAUUGAUGACUUUAUUGAUGAUAGCAUAGAUGAAGAUGAUUUUGAUGAAGAAAGCUUCGAUGAAUCUAAUGCAUCAGAAGAAGAAGACCCAUUAGCGAAGCUUAAGAAAUUAAAGGAAAUGAAGAUGGCAAAAGCGAAUAAGACUACUGAAGAUCCUAUUGCUCAAUUGAAAGCUAUGAAAGAGAAAAAGGAUAAAGCAAAGAAAAGAGAGGACCCAAUUGCCCAGUUAAAAGCAUUAAAAGAAGAAAAGAAGAAAAAAUCAAGCAAGGAUAAGGAGUCAAAAAAAGAAAAAGAGGUAUCAUCUAUAUCUCCUCACGACCGUGAGUUGAUGAAGCGUGAUGAAGAUGACAUGGCAUUUUACGCCAAAAAAUUAGGAUUGAAGAAUGGUAAGAAUUCUAAAUUGCCAAAAUUAGGCGAGGAUGAUACAAUCGGUGGCUUAUUAGAUGGUUUGGAUUUAGAUUUUAUGGAUGAUGAAGGAUCUUUUAGUGAUGAUGAUAAUCAAGAAAACUCACACUCUAAAAAAGGGCCAAAACUUCCAUUCUCUUCUGAUGAUGAAUUAAGUGAAGGAGAUUUUGACGAUGAUGAUGAUGAUCUUGAUGACGACUUAGACGAACUUUCUGAUUAUGAUGAUCAAAAACCUCGUGUGAAGGAAAAUCCGUAUGUUGCACCUGUAGAUGACAACAAUAAAGACUACGAUACUGAAGAUGAGGGAGAUGGGGCUCCAAAAAAGUAUAUCCCACCAGCAUUACGCCGGAAAUUAGCAUUGGAAUCGAGUGAAACCUCUCCUGAGGUUAUGGCUUUGCGCAAAUCCAUAAAAGGUCCAUUGAAUAAAUUAUCCGAAGCAAACAUAAGCUCAAUCAUUAAUGAAAUUAGUUCCUUGUAUUUGUCAAACCCAAGACAUCUUGUUAGUGAAAAUUUGACUUCUAUUGUAUUAGAAAGUAUAUUACAGCAGGGAAGAUUAUUGGACACUUUUGUUUAUUUGCAUGCUACCCUCGUGGUUGCGAUUUAUCGUUUACAAGGAGUUGAAUUUGGGGCUCUUUUUAUUCAAACUUUAAUUGAGAAGUUUGAUAAUUACUAUGGACAGCCUACUAAAGGCAAAGAGAUUUCUAAUAUUGUCUCGCUUUUGUCUGCUGUUUAUACUUUUCAAUUAGUUUCAUCAAAGUUACUUUAUGACAUAAUUAAAUUCUUGAUUAAUGAUUUAAACGAAACAAAUGCCGAGUUGUUAUUAAGAAUAAUUAGAAAUUCUGGUAAUCAGAUGAGAACUGAUGACCCAACGGCUUUAAAAGAAAUAGUAUUAUUGACUAAUAAGGUUUCGUCUUCUAUGCUGUCAGAGAAGUUGAAUACAAGAACUCAAUUCUUGUUAGAAACUAUUGCUUCCUUAAAAAAUAAUAAAUUGAAAAAUACUAAUGAAGCUAGUCAUCACUUAACUAUCACAUUGAAGAAGUUUUUGGGUGGUGUUAAUAAUAAUAAAUUUAACGAUCCAAUUCAAGUGACCUUAGAGGAUAUCCAUAAUAUUGAUACCAGAGGUAAAUGGUGGUUAGUUGGAUCAGCAUGGAAGGGACAUGACCAUAUUGAAAACAAAACAGAAUCAACUUUCAAUGAAGAAGCAGUGAAUGAUAUCUUAGACAAUACUGAACCAAACUGGAUGGAGUUGGCUAGGUCGCAAAGGAUGAACACUGAUAUCAGAAGAGCAAUUUUUAUUUCAAUUAUGUCAGCUAAUGAUUAUGUUGAUGCAUUGACAAAGUUAGAUAAACUAGCAUUAAAGAGAUCGCAAGAGAGAGAAAUCCCAAGAGUAUUAAUUCAUUGUACUGGGGUGGAACCAGCGUGGAAUCCUUAUUAUGGUAUUUUGGCCAGCAAGCUCUGUGAUAAUCAUUCAAAUAGAAAAACAUUUCAAUUCAUGCUUUGGGAUUUAAUUAAGGACUUCGAGGGUUCUGAUGGUCAUGGGUCUGAUGACGAAGAUGAGGAUUUCUUAGGGUUUGAUACAAGUGAUGAAGAUGAUGAGUCAAGGUUGAAGAGGAUUUCUAAUUUGGGAAGAUUUUUCGGGUAUUUGUUGGCGGAGGGUUCUUUACCAUUACAUGUAUUGAAAUCUGUGAAUUUUUUAAUCGCAUCAAACGACACAGUCUUAUUUCUAGAAUUGGUAUUGUUGGUAUUUUUAGAUCAUGUUGGUAAAAAAUCUCAAAUAAACUCUGUUGGGGCUGGCUUAACAGGUUCAAGGACUGGAAAAACUAUGUAUGAACAAAAGUAUGAUGACAAGAUUUUAAUAGAGAGGCUAAUCAAAGCUCAAGAACAGCAAACUUUAUUGAGAGGUCUUCAAUAUUUCUUGCAAGACAAAGUUAAGGCAAGUGAUUUUAUAAGUGGGAAAAAGCAACGUAAAAGGAUCGAAUGGGGUGUGGAUGCUAUGUGUGAUAUUAUAGAUGAAUUUUUGAAGGCAGGUGAUGAUCUGUAA